CUCCCACGACCACACGCGGAGCCGGGGAGAAGCUACCCUCCUACUGUACAGGUCUGGGAGGAGUCUGGCGGCGCUGCUCGCAAUCGCGCAGGGUGGGAUGCAGCCGCGUUGAUCGCUGAGCACUGCGGCGCCGUUGGUUUUCUCACGGCGGAGCUGGACGCGCGCGGCCGCGAUGAGCUGGGAAUUGCUGCUGGCGCUGGUGGCGCUGCUCGCAUUUGUGGUGCAGCUGCUGUACUUCUUGCGAGCCGAUGGCGACCUAACCCUGCUGUGGGCCGAGUGGCAGGGGCGACGCCCAGAACAGGAGCUGACCAACAAGGUGAUCUGGGUGACUGGCGCAUCAAGUGGGAUUGGUGAGGAGCUGGCUUACCAGCUGUCUAAACUAGAUGUUUCUCUUGUGCUGUCAGCGAGAAGAGUACAUGAGCUGGAAAGGGUGAAAAGAAAAUGCCUUGAGAAUGGCAAUUUAAAAGGAAAAGAUAUACUUGUUUUGCCUCUUGACCUGAAGGACAUGAGUUCCCAUGAAGCGGCUACCAAAGCAGUUGUUAAGGAGUUUGGUAAAAUCGACAUUCUGGUCAACAAUAGUGGAAGAAGCCAUUGUUCUUGGUGUUUGGAAACCAGCAUGGAUAUCUACAGAGAGCUAAUUGAGCUUAACUACUUAGGGACGAUAUCCUUGACAAAGUGUGUUCUGCCUCACAUGGUCAAGAGGAAGCAAGGAAAGAUUAUUACUGUGACUAGCAUCCUGGGACAUUUCUCUAUGCCCGUUUCUAGUGCAUAUUGUGCCAGCAAACAUGCUCUUCGGGGUUUUUUAAAUUCCCUCAGAAUUGAACUUGCCACAUACCCAGGUAUAGUAGUUUCUAACAUUUGCCCAGGACCUGUGCAAUCAAAUAUGAUGAAGAAUUCCUUAACUAAAGAUGUCACAACGAUUUUAGGUCAUAAUGGAGAUCAGUAUCGCCAGAUGGUGACCAGUCGUUGUGUGUGGCUGAUACUAAUCAGCAUGGCCAAUGAUUUGAAAGAGGUUUGGAUCGCGGAGCAGCCUUUUUUGUUAAUGUUGUAUUUGUGGCAAUAUAUGCCAACCUGGUCCUCGUGGGUAAUAAAUAAAGUAGGGAAGAGGAUUGUGUGGGAUUGAGAACAAUAGCUGCAUUGAGUUUUGUUACAAUUUUUGUCUUAGUGCAAAUUCUGAAUACAGAUGAUUUUAGAAUCUGGAAGAGAAAACGUGAUUGAAGAAGUACUUACAUUUUUUAAGCCACUGGAAAGAGAAACAGAAAACAUGAAAAAUAGCCAUCUUCUUAUGCACUUAAGACUAACUUGUGAUUUUAUUUCUUAAUAAUACAACUUUCAACAUGUAAUAAAUAACAAAUAAAGAUUGUGAUGAAUCUUGUAAUAGAUAUAGUAAUACAUACUUCAUUCUUGGAUAAAAGAACAUUUUAACAUACUCUAGCUUUUAGUCCAAAAAGUUAUACUUUAACAUUGCGGUACUGAAUGAACUGUUCCACAUACUGAAUAAAUGGAAAAAUAAAAAUCUGAUCACUACAUUUCAAAUAAUUUCCAUCAUUUCUAAAGAGAAUGUUAUUGCGUACUACUAACCUAGUAAGUUACUAUGGAUUUAAUUGUAAAUAAAAUAAGAGGUGGAAGAAA